AUGGGAUCGUUGCCCGCCAUCGAUAAGCCUCUGGAGUAUCCAUUAGCUCGUCGAGAUGAGUCCGUGGUUGACGACUAUCAUGGCGUCAUGGUCCACGAUCCUUACCGAUGGCUUGAGGAUCCUGAUUCUGAGGAGACAAAAGACUUUGUGGAGAAGCAGUUGAAGUUAACAAAUUCUGUGCUCAAAACCUGUGAAACAAGGGAAAGGCUUCGCGAUAAGCUUACAAAGCUAUACGAUUUUCCCAAGUAUGGUGCUCCAUUUAGAGCCGGGGACAAAUACUUUUACCUUCACAACACGGGUCUGCAACCACAAAGGGUUCUAUAUAUUCAGGAUAGUUUGCAUGGAGAGCCUGAGGUUUUGCUUGAUCCAAACACAUUGAGUGAAGACGGUACAGUGGCUUUGAAUACUUAUGCAGUUAGUGAGGAUGCAAAAUACUUGGCAUACGGCAUUAGUUACAGUGGAAGUGAUUGGGUGACUAUCAAAGUUAUGAGGAUUGAGGACAAGACAGUCGAGGCCGACACUGUUUCAUGGGUUAAGUUUUCGAGUAUUAGUUGGACGCACGAUGGCAAAGGUUUUUUCUACAGUCGUUAUCCAGACCCAGGAAAAUUAGAUGCUGGGGCAGAGACACAAGUCAAUCUACACCAUGAACUGUAUUAUCACUUUUUGGGUACUGAUCAGUCGGAAGAUAUACCGUGCUGGCGGGACCCGGACAAUCCUAAACAUACACGUUCGGCCUCUGUGACAGAGGACGGGAAGUAUGUUCUUCUGUACACAUACGAAAACUGUGGUCCAGUCAACAAGAUUUACUACUGUGACUUAUCAGCAAUGGCCCAAGUGCUCAAGGGCCAUAGAGAUAGAGCCAAAAAGGAGUUGCUUCCUUUUGUGAAGCUCGUCGACACUUUUGAUGCUUCUUAUCACUAUGUUGCCAAUGAUGACACAAUUUUCACGUUCUUAACGAAUAAGGAUGCUCCAAGAAGCAAGCUGGUCCGUGUAGAUCUCAGAACACCUAAUUCUUGGUCUGAGUUGCUUCAAGAAGAUACUAAGGAUGUGCUUGUAUCUGCUAUUGCGGUUAAUGGUGAUCAACUGGUGUUGAACUAUUUGAGUGACGUGAAAAACGUUUUGCAGUUAAGAAAUUUGCAAACGGGUGCCUUUUUGCACGAUUUACCGCUCGAGAUUGGGACCGUGUCCCAGAUUUGUUCUAGGCGCAAGGACAGCAUCGUCUUUAUUGGUUUUACGAGCUUCCUUGUUCCUGGCAUUAUUUACGCAUGUAAUUUGGAAGCUGAUGUCCCGAAAAUGGAAAUAUUUCGAGAAAAUGUUGUCCCGGGGUUUGACAGGACUGCUUUCGAAGCUCAUCAGGUUUUCGUGCCUAGUAAAGAUGGAACCGAAAUCCCAAUGUUCAUAGUGGCUAGAAAGGGCAUUUCCCUCGAUGGGUCCCACCCGUGCCUGCUAUAUGGGUACGGGGGUUUUAAUGUCAGCCUCACUCCACAUUUUGCAGCUAGUCGUAUUGUGAUUGCGAGGCAUUUGAAUGUUGUGUUUUGUGUGGCGAACAUUCGUGGAGGGGGAGAGUAUGGGGAGGAAUGGCACAAAGCCGGGGCCCUCUCGAAAAAGCAGAAUUGUUUUGACGACUUCAUAUCGGCUGCCGAGUAUCUGGUCUCUGCCGGUUACACCCAGCCGAGGAAGUUGUGCAUUGAGGGUGGGAGUAAUGGUGGGCUUCUGAUUGGGGCUUGUAUUAAUCAGAGACCUGAUUUGUUUGGCUGUGCACUUGCUCAUGUUGGUGUCAUGGACAUGCUAAGAUUUCACAAGUUUACCAUCGGCCAUGCGUGGACAUCAGACUUCGGUUGUUCAGAUAUAGAGGAAGAGUUCCAUUGGCUAAUCAAGUACUCACCUUUGCACAAUGUGAGGAGGCCGUGGGAUAAUAAAUCUCGUCUCAAGUUAGUACAAUAUCCUUCGACCAUGCUACUGACAGCAGACCAUGAUGACCGGGUCGUACCUCUGCACUCACUCAAGUUAUUGGCGACCAUGCAACAUGUGCUAUGUACUACAAGCUUGGAGACGAGUCCUCAAACGAACCCAAUUAUUGGACGCAUCGAACGUAAGGCGGGACAUGGCGCUGGGAUACCGACGCAAAAAAUGAUUGAUGAAGCUGCAGAUAGGUACAGUUUCAUGGCAAAGAUGGUGGAUGCAUGGUGGAUUGACUAG